UCCAAAGCAAAAGGAUGUUUGAACUAUUAAGCGGACGAGGUAUUCGAAAUGCUGCCUCAAAGGAUGCAUUCAUCUAUUUCUUCAAGGGUUGUACUUUUGUGGGGAUAAGUCCACCUAAGAAUGCUGGUUCGCUAUAUUAUAUGUGGUCUUUUUUGGUUAAUGCAAUCUGCAUAAUAAUUGCACCAAUUACUGGCCCAGCAGGCUUCGUUAUAAAAUAUAUGCAAAACAUCAUUACAACUGUACAAUUUCUGAACGGUUUACAGGCUAGUUUAAAUUUGAUUGGCUUACCAGUGAAGUGUUUAACGGUGACAAGCGGCUUGAAUCGACUGCGCGGCAUGGAGCCAACUUUGACGGCGUUGGAUGCACGUUACACCAGACCCGAAGAUGUGGCUUUAAUACGGAAAGCUGCAGUCAUGGGCAAUAGAUUGGUAUUCAUUUUUGGCACCUCAUAUCUGAUGUAUAUGUUGUUUACGGUCAUACCGCCCUUAAUCAAUGGUGAAGCGCCACUUUCGGUAUGGAUUCCGUUUUACGAUGAGCAUCAGUCCGCAAUGCAUUUCUUCGGGCAAAUAGUUUAUGACUUGUGCUUGAUGGGUUUCGUAUUAUUCCAUCAAUCCCUCUACGAUUCAUAUGGUUCGGUAUAUAUUUAUGUUAUAAGUACGCAUAUACAGUUAUUAGUGCGUCGGGUCGGUCGUUUGGGCACAGAUGCUACCAAGAGUGAGGAUGACAACUUGAAAGAGCUGGUGGAUUGCGUAGUCACGCAUCAACAGAUACUAGAAUUGCUGGCUCGAAUUGAACCGAUUAUUUCCAAAACAAUUUUUACACAAUUCCUAAUUAUGUCCUCGAUUUUGUGUGUGACCAUGGUGAAUAUGUUCUUUUUCGCCGACCGCAGCACCCAAAUCGCUUCGACUCUCUACUUCUUGUGUGUUCUAUUGCAGACGUCGCCUUGUUGCUAUUUCGCUACCGAAUUGAAGGCCGACAGCGAGCAAUUGCCACUGGCCAUUUUCCAUUGCAAUUGGCCUGACCAGGAUCGGCGUUUUCGCAAAGUGAUUUUAUAUUUUAUGCAUCACGCGCAAUUGUCCAUUGAACUGAUGGCCAUGCAGUUGUUUCCCAUUAAUGUGGCAACAAAUAUUUCGCUGGCUAAAUUCUCUUUUACACUUUUCACAUUCAUCAAGGAGAUGGGCAUUGGUCAGUAAGCAAAAAAUUGAAAAAAAAAAUCAAACGGAAAAUAAAAAAAAAUUAAUAGUGCUUUUAAAUUUGCAAAUAUAAUUGUAGCUGCUUAACCUGCACCUUGCGCUUGAACUUUUAAAUUAUUUAAUUCAAAAUAAAAAUAGUAGUGGCACAGCAUUUCA